AUGGUGGAGGUGGUACAUUUGGGCAUCAAAGAGGGCUGCGCGCCUCGUUCUGAGAGUGACGCAAAACGGCGAAUCUACGGCGCGCCACUUGUGACCAAGAUCAUCACAAGCGGAGGCGGACGGCUCCCCCCGCGCGGUAAGUGUAGCUUAGUGGGACGCGGCUGUUUAGCCGCCCCGAGUGGCAGCUGCGGGUGGGCUGCUGCUUCGAACCCCGCAGGCGCCGCUUUUGAGGAUAGCGACGCCGGUUGGCCUGCGAUCGGGUCAGCGUCUUCCCUCGGGCUUUUUGGGCCUCUCUGCUACCGUCGUUUUUUUGGUCUUUGUGGGCGGGCGGCAAGGAACGCUCUCCGCAGCCAAUCCGGUCACUUGUCACACUCCCGCUGGCCGCUGAGUGGCCGGGAUCUCGAAGGCGGGAAGGAUGUCCUGCGCGGCGAUUGGUCGGCUGGGGCAGCCGGCCUAGGGCUUGGGUCUUCCUUUCCGAUCUCGGGCAGACGGCCAUGGUGGGGGAGAGAGGAGAGCAGGGGAGCUAAGAGGGAGCGGGGGAGAGACGGGCGCGGGGCGCCCGCGCAGGAGGACGGCUCCCUAAGCGAGGAGGGCGCGCGUAGGCCCUGCGCCACACGGGGCGGGGCGCGCCCCAGCUGUGAGCUUUGCGGCUCUGGUGAGGCCGGCGCCCUGCCCCCUUCCCCAGGGGCAGCUUGCCGGAGGCGCUCCGCAUGCGCGGGGAGGGGAGGAGGUGGCCUUCCGCACCUCCCUCGCCGAGGGGGAGAAACUGAGGGGAAAGUGGUGGAAGGUGCUGGCGUCAUCAGCUGGGGGUCGUCAUCUGGUCGCGCCGCCGGACGGGAACGGUACCCGACGCCGUCCUUCCGCCGCCGGGCGGCGGCCGUUACGCCUACCCGUGACGCCUACCCGUCACAGGCGUCAGCGCGAGACUACCCGCCGCUGGCGCGAGGCGGCUUCUGCGCAGGCGCAGCGGGGCGGGGCGGGGUGGGUCUGCGUGGCGCGGCAGUGUGGGGUUUGGUCCGGCUGCUUCCCGGUGAGGCGCAUGCCCUGCCGCGGUUUGGGGCUGGACGCCUGUAGGCAGGAUGGCGUGUUUUUUGGAGGGGUGUGAGUGUGUGUGUGAGUGAUUUUUGCUGCUCGAGAAGACUUUUUUUUUUUUCCCGUUUUCCCCCAAAGGUCGUUUUAGUGUAAGCGUGGAUGAAAACCUGUGCGGUUGGGAAUGGGUGACAGCGCAUGAAAAUAGUUCUUCCAGCAGGAGCAUUUUAAACAGUUCUUGCAAGUAAUAAAAAUAAGUUUAACCAUUUUCCCUUUACUAAGCUUAAAUCAUCAAACAAAUUGGUCUCUUAGUCUCAGUCGCUUAAUAGGACGUUAUGAUUUUCAACAUGGUUCCAGAGCCUGUCAGUGGAGUAAGAAAAGCAAAUUCACAUGAAUAGCGUAGCAGUUUCAUAAUACAUUUCUGAAGAGAUCUGCAUCUUCCCUAGAAGAUUUGUUCAGGUGAACAAAACAAAGGUGGCCUUUCAGGGAGGAGAAAUUAACCUGUUUAGUCUGAUUUACGAUAAGCUUCCUGAUACACCUUCACAUAAAUGAUAGGGCCUCUGAACCACAAAGUUCAUCUUAAACUCUUGUGCUAGUAAAUUGGAAAGGAAAGGGGAAAAAGCAUUUAAAUUAUGAUCUGCAUGCUGUAAUUAUUGGUGAUCUCAAAAUUCACGUACUCACUGUUUUUGCCUGUCCCCCUGCCCUUUUUUUCUGCCUUUGAGUAGUUGUCUUGAUGUAAACUUUUUCAUGAAUCUAUCAUACUAAGCAUGAUGGUAACACCAAGGGAGUAAUAAAUAAUGGGAUUCCAAAACUGCAAGGGUAGUGGUAGCAAGAGUGAUUUGCUGUUGGUGCAAAACAAUAACAGAGUAACGUAUAAUUUAAACAGUGGAUGUAACUUGCCCUGAUUUUUACCUUAAUAAUCUCAAGGUGUGGCCUGGAAAGACUAUAAAUUUUCUUUUUCCAAUCUUAUAUCAAAACUUAAGUAAUCAAAGAAGUUUGCAUGAGGCUGGAGGUUUGGAUGUUGGGAUCUGUAUUUUCCCCAGGUCACACCUCUCCAUGAAAGAUGAAGAUAAUUACAGGCUUCAGUUUGGUCUCUCCUGCAAUAUCCUAGACUGUUCACAGCAAGUUACAUUCAUCAUAGAGAUUGCACAUCUUGGAGUACGGGGUAUCUCUUUGAAGUGUGCACAUCACCCAAAAAGGAGCAGAGUAGAAGACCUGAUGACAUAAUGCAACUAACUAGACUGGCUCUUACUCUUUCGGAGACUCUUUAAAAAGGACUAUAGUAGCAGAGGAAGACUAAGCGUUCAGUUGUCCUCAAGACCACUACCAGAGCUAGUGGCUUCUGCUCUUCUGCUUUAAUAUGAAAGAUUCAAAUAGAAAACAGUACUGUCAUUUUGACAGGUCAACAGCCAACCAGCUGAGCACUCCUAGUUAUUCUGCACCCCAGAAGGGUGUUGCUUUGUGUUGCCCUUGGCGUUUUUAGGCAGCAGCAGUGCUGGGUGAGUGUGCUACACCGGGUGCAGCUUGCCAAUAGCACAGACUUUGAAGUACUGCUACCCACUGGAAAUGACCGGAGUGGAAUGAGCAAAACAAAUGACAGCAGUUCUUGGUGAACACAAAAAUGUGUAACAAAUAAGCAGUAUGCCUUACUUGUGAUGUUUAGUGGCAAUGAAAGGCACAGCAUUAACCCCAGAUGUCUUUGGGAGAACAAGUUAGGAGUUGGACUGCACAGGAUGUUGCAUAGCAAACCUUCAAGUCUGACCUGGGUGUCCAAGUUUUGAUGUGACGUCUCUCUGAUAGCACAGAGUGGUUUAAUCUUUGUGGUUUGGUCUAUCUGCAUUUGCAAUGAACUUUCUUACACCACUAAAUAAAAGUUUCUGAAAGUUUAAAUAAAUAUACCGAUUUUCUUCUAAACCUGUCACUUUUUGUGCUAUGCUAAGAUACAAAGUACUUAUUAACCUAUGCGUCUAAAACCAGUUAAGAAACAAAAUGUGUAAAGACAUUGUUCUUGUCAUCUCUGUUUUAUUGCUGGAGAAAUUCCAAAGGCUUCCUUUGCUUUGUGGGAAGAAAUUGUGUAUUUAAAAUAAAGGAACUAUACCUGUCUUGCUGCUCUGAAGCUACCGUUUCUGGUGAUCUUGUUUCUAGCUGGUGCUGUUUCUGCCAUCUGCCAGAGAAGUUUCUAUAGUUACUGAAAAGUAUAUAGCCCAUUCUGUGUGUUUAUGUUAAAUGUAUAGGGGAGUUUCCUAAUUUAUAUAAUUUUAGUUCUUCAGCACGUGAAGACUAAAGAAGAUUACAUCCUAAACUUGUUAAAAAGCAGUAAUCUAUAGCUUUAGACUAAGAUGAAGUCUAGUUACCUUCUUGCCUCAAUAGAAAAGGGAAAAUUACCAGUAAAUGCAAGCAAAUUCAUGCACUUCUUUACAGAGAAAUAACCCCACUGCCAUUUAGAAAAAGGCAGUGGUGAUGUUCCAAAAGUAAAAUGCUUAUUUGCAUGACUCAUGACUGCUUUCUAAUCCUACAUUAACAGUUGGGUUUUUUUGCCGUUACACAGCAGGCUGACCUUUUCUCUGAGCAGUCUGGCCUACUACUGAACUGCUGUCUGUAAUGCUAUGGGUUAUACUGAUCU